AUGAAUGCUAGUGAUCGGGAGCGUGAUGUUGAUGAGUUUCGUGCUUUGGGGAAGUUCCAGAGGAACAAUCCGCCAACUUUUAAAGAAGCUUAUGAACCUGACAAAGCUCAAGAGUGGUUGAAGAGAUUUGAUGAGGAUGGCAUUGAUGUGACUUGGUCAGUUUUCCAUGAUGGUUUUCUGGAGAAGUAUUUUCCAGAAGAUGUUCGUGGAAAGAAGGAAAUUGAAUUUCUUGAGUUGAUGGAAGGUAAUGGUACCGUAGCUAAGUAUGCUGCAAAGUUUGAGGAGUUGAUCAAAAUUUGUCCCCAUGACAAUACUGCUAAUGCUAAGAUAUCCAAGUGUCUUAAGUUUGUGAAUGGCUUGAGACCUGAUAUCCAGAAGGCAAUGGGUUACCAACAGAUUACGAUAUUUUCUGAGUUGGUUAACAAGAGUAGGAUCUAUGAUGAGGAUAGUCGUGAGAGUGCUGCUCAUUACAAGUCCUUGCAUGAUAAGAAAGGAAAAGGGCAAUUCUGA